AUGUUCAAGUUGGUGGCACUUUUCGCCUUGUUAGCCGUGGCAGCAGCCCGUCCAGGAUACGUAGCACCUGUUGCUUACACUGCACCUCUCGUCAGCUACGCCGAACCAUCUUUAACCGUAGUAAAAACAGUUCCCCAUGCCGUAUCGCACCAGUCCAGUACCGUAGUCCAUGGCUCAGCCCCCGUCGUAGCUCCCGUAGUCAGUCACUAUGCUGCAGCUCCCGUUGUAAGUCAUUACGGCACCCCAGUGGUCAGCUACUCAUCGCCAGUUUUAAGCACUUGUUUCAAAAGCUUAUUCGAGAAGCAACACAGACCUCUAGAAGCUCUAAAUAACAAUUAUCAAGAUGUUCAAGUGGUGUUGUUCGCUCUCGUCGCCGUAGUAGUUGCCCGUCCCGGAAACCUCGGCUUAGCCUACUCUUACACAGCCCCUCUGGCUUAUGCUGCUCCACUCGCGUACUCUGCUCCUCUGACAGUCGUCAAGUCGGUUCCAACUUCGGUCUCUCACCAAUCCAGCACGGUGGUCCACGACUCGGCUCCAGUCGUAGCACCAGUCGUGGCACCGGCCGUUGUGGGCGCACAUUACACACCAGCUUUGGCUUACUCGGCUCCAUUGCUUCACGCCUGGUAGAUUCGGAGGACGCGCAGCAGAUCGAGACU